AUGGCUUCGUUCAAGCCUACUACCGUCGGUGGCACCAAGAGCAUCGCAGGUUCUGCUAAUACAGAUCUCGAUGGUCACAAUCUUCCUCCGUCUCCAGCCCCGUCAAGCCCCCGGAAUGGCCGCAGACGCUAUGCUUUGGCAACCGAGUUGGUCUACACCGAAGGCAAGGACCAGUAUGGUGCCUCAAGUAUCCCUAUUUACCAAUCUGCAACAUUCAAGCAGACGUCUGCUUCUGGUGGUCAGCAAGACUAUGAUUACACACGAUCAGGCAAUCCGACGCGAACGCAUCUCGAGAGGCAUCUCGCCAAGAUCAUGAAUGCAAAUCGUGCACUUGCCGUGAGCUCCGGCAUGGGUGCUUUAGAUGUCAUCACUCGGCUCUUGCGACCCGGUGACGAGGUUAUCACUGGAGACGACCUGUAUGGUGGUACACACCGCCUUCUCACAUAUAUGGCCACGAAUCAGGGUAUCAUUGUUCAUCAUGUUGACACCACAAAAGUUGAUCUUAUUCGAGCGAGAAUAUCCGACAAAACAGCUAUGGUCUUAUUAGAGACUCCGACGAAUCCUCUAAUCAAGAUAGUAGACCUGCCUUCUAUUGCUCGAAUGGCUCAUGACGCCAAUUCCAAGGCGCUAGUCGUAGUCGACAACACCAUGCUCUCUCCGAUGCUAUGCAAUCCGUUGGACUUGGGAGCCGACAUUGUCUACGAAUCCGGCACUAAGUAUCUAUCUGGGCAUCACGACAUAAUGGCCGGCGUGAUUGCUUGCAACGAAGCAGUGAUCGGGAACAAACUAUUCUUCACAAUUAACUCGACUGGUUGCGGGCUGUCUCCCAACGACUCGUUUCUCCUUAUGCGUGGUGUCAAGACUCUUGCCAUUCGGAUGGAGAAGCAACAAGCCAGCGCACAGGCGAUCGCUGAGUUUCUCGAGUCUCGUGGUUUUCGUGUCCGGUACCCUGGUCUUCAAUCGCACCCACAAUAUGAGUUGCAUUGGUCCAUUGCGCGAGGGGCUGGUGCUGUCUUGUCCUUUGAGACUGGAGAUGCCGCCAUGUCAGAGCGAAUCGUGGAGGCAGCAAGGUUGUGGGCCAUCAGUGUUAGCUUCGGCUGUGUCAAUAGCCUCAUCAGCAUGCCGUGUCAGAUGAGCCACGCCAGCAUUGACGCAAAGACGCGUAGAGAUAGGCAGAUGCCUGAGGACAUCAUUCGCCUCUGUGUGGGAAUAGAAGAUGUCAAUGAUCUGAUCGAGGAUUUGUCCCGUGCGCUCGUUCAAGCUGGAGCAGUAACUGUGACAUUGGAUGGGUUUCAUGCAACUGGUGCUGCAGCAGAGCUAGGCAAGACACCGCUGUCCAACGAGUAA